CACCUCGUCGCACGCUUGACGGCCGUGGAGGCGGGAGCGGAGGGAAGCGGCGGAGGCUUCAUCUUCUGAAACAAACAGGAAGCAGGACCUCGCUCCUGUCCACCUGCGACGGCGGCCCCGCCUACAUAGAGCCGAGCUGCGAGUCCGCCCACGCGCACAUUUGCCCGACGGGAGGACGUGACGGCCGCUGGAAGUUACCGCUGCGGUUCCUCCGGACGCAUUUCCCCAGCGAGCGCGCGACUCUGCGACUAAAGAUGAAAUGUCCAAGACGUUGUCCAGACAGUCCCGGCCAGGAGCAGAGGCACAGGAAGUAGGAGACUAACAGCAGGUCCUUAUGGUUGGGGUGGUGUGCUGUGCCCCUUGCCAUGCCUCCUGCUAUGACAGACCUGCUGGACGUGUGGGCGGCCCACUCGCCCCUGGCCGGACAGGCUCCGGCCCAGAUCACUGUGGACUUUCUGCUGCCCACCGGUAUCUACAUCCAGAUGGACGUUCCACGCGAGGCCACCAUUCAGCACAUCAAGCUGCUCUUAUGGAAGCAGGCCCAGACGUUCCCGCUGUUUCCGGCCCUGGGUGAGAUGGAGAGCCACAUGUUCGAGUGUGUCAACCAGGCGGCCGUGCACGAGGAGCUGGAGGACGAGACUCGCCGACUUUGCGACGUUCGCCCCUUCCUGCCGGUCCUCAAGUUGGUGACGCGCAACUGCGGCCGAGCAGAGCGUCAGCUGGACUCCAAAAUCGGCGUGCUCAUCGGCAAGGGCCUCCAUGAACUCGAAGCCAUAAAUGACCAGGAGGUCAAGGACUUUCGAAGUAAGGUGUUCCGAGUCAGUGAGGAACGGAUGCAGCGGGUCCAGAUGAUGACGUGCAUGGAGUGGCUGCAGGCCUGUUUCUCCCCAGAGCUGGUGCCUGCAGCCGGGACGGCGCCCAACGACGGGGUCGGCGACCGAACGGCUGACCUGAAAGUCAUCAUCCACUUUGAUCAGUCUCAGGAUUCAGCCAGUCUGAAGGUGCCAUCAACCUACACGCCCAUGGAGCUGAUGGAGAUAGCGUUGAGGAAGUGGCGGAGCACCCACGCCGCUGAGGAGGGGUGGAGGGGUCAGUAUGUGCUGAGGGUCAGCCAUUGUUUGGAGUUCCUCUGUGGAGAAAAACCCCUACUUCAGUAUAAGUACAUCCGGACAUGCAUGCAGGCCAAGGAGGCUCCACACCUCACCCUGGUCAGCACCAGUACCAUCAAAGAAAUGUUUGAUAACGAGAUCUCCACCAUUAGCGCUGUGAUUAGCCACAAGUCCCUCAACCCACCUUUACCACUACCUCCCAAGAGAAGAGCGCCCACGCAAGUACAGACUUGUGUGUGGGAUGUGUCUGCCCAGUUUAAGAUAGUCCUAGUGAAUGCCAGCAAGGUGAAUGCAGAGGAGACCGCCAAGGUCCAGGUGAGGGCGGGGCUCUUCCACGGCGCCGAGCUGCUGUGCAAGCCGGCGGUGAGCAGCGAGAGCAGCGGGCGCUCCGACCACACGUGGAAGGAGAACACGCUGGAGUUCGACAUCUUCGUCAGCGACCUGCCGCGCAUGACGCGCCUCUGCUUCGCCAUCUACGCCGUCAUGGACAAGGUCAAGAAGCAGAAGUCCACCAGGAACGCUCAUGUAAAUAAGUUCCAGACCAUCAGGAAAGCAGGGAAAGUGCACUACCCUAUAGCCUGGGUCAACACCAUGGUGUUUGACUACAAGGGCCAGCUAAAGACUGGAGACAACAUCCUGCACUGCUGGUCGUCUUUUCCUGAUGAACUUGAAGAGAUGCUGAACCCCAUAGGAACCAUCCAGACCAACCCAUACACAGAGAAUGCCACAGCCCUGCAGAUAAACUUCCCAGAGUACUCCUCGCAUCCCAUCGUCUUCCCUCCCUUUGAUAAGAUACUGGAAAAAGCUGCAGAAAUCGUCGGAUCAAGUGAAUGUGCUUCCAUGGGUCGUGGAGGUAAAAAGUUCCACAUAGAACUGAAGGAGAUCAUGGAGCGCGACCCCCUCUCUCAACUCUGUGAGAACGAGAAGGACUUGAUAUGGACGCUACGCCACGACUGCCGGGAGAACUUCCCUCAGUCGCUGCCUAAGCUACUUCUCUCCGUCAAGUGGAGCAAACAUGAAGAUAUGGCCCAGCUCCAAGCGCUGCUUCAGAUUUGGCCCAAACUGUGUCCUAGAGAUGCUUUAGAGCUUCUGGACUUCAACUACCCAGACCAGUAUGUCAGAGAAUAUGCAGUGCGGUGUCUGCGUGAGAUGAGUGACGAUGAGCUUUCCCAGUACCUGCUUCAGUUAGUGCAAGUAUUGCGUUAUGAGCCGUACUACGACUGUGCCCUCACCCACUUCCUUCUGGAGCGUGCUCAAGGGAACCGUAAGAUAGGACACUUCCUCUUCUGGCACCUACGGUCAGAGAUCCACAUGCCAGCCGUCUCAGUCCAGUUUGCUCUCAUCCUGGAAGCAUACUGCAGAUGCAACAUUCCUCACAUUGAGGUUCUAAAGAAACAAGUGGAGGCUCUGAGUAAGCUAAAGUCGGUCAAUGAGCUGAUCAAGCUGGGAACCAUCAAGAACGCUCGCAGUAAGACCAAGGAGGCAAUGUUGACCAAGGAGGCCAUGAUGACCUGUCUGAGGCAGAGUGGUUAUUCUGAGACGCUGUCAGACCUGCAGUCUCCUCUGAACCCAAAUGUGUUGCUCUCUGGCAUCAACGUGGAGAAGUGUCGGUACAUGGACUCAAAGAUGAAACCACUCUGGAUUGUUUACAACAACAAACUGCUGACUGGCGACACCUUGGGAAUUAUCUUCAAGAAUGGAGAUGACCUGAGGCAAGACAUGUUGACGCUCCAGAUUUUGAAGCUAAUGGAUUUGCUAUGGAAGGAGGCUAACCUAGACCUCAGAGUCGUUCCCUACGGUUGUCUAGCGACAGGUGAUCGGGCCGGACUGAUUGAGGUCGUCUCUUCCGCCGACACGAUUGCCAACAUCCAGCUGACCAGCAGCAACGUGGCCGCAGCUGCAGCGUUCAACAAGGAUGCGUUGCUUAACUGGCUCAAAGAGAGAAACUCCGGGGACGCUCUAGACCGCGCCAUCGAGGAGUUCACGCUGUCCUGUGCAGGCUACUGUGUAGCCACAUACGUCCUGGGCAUCGGAGACCGGCACAGCGACAACAUCAUGGUCCGCAGCACUGGACAGCUCUUCCACAUAGACUUCGGCCACAUCCUGGGCAACUUCAAGUCCAAGUUUGGCAUCAAGAGGGAGCGUGUACCGUUUAUUCUUACACACGACUUCAUCCAUGUCAUACAGCAGGGCAAGACUGGAUACACGGAAAAGUUCGGCAGUUUCCGCCAGUAUUGUGAGCAGGCCUACCUGAUUUUGAGAAAAAAUGGGAACCUCUUCAUCACACUGUUUGCUCUCAUGCUGACUGCUGGACUGCCUGAGCUCACGUCAGUUAAAGACAUCCAGUACUUAAAGGAUUCUCUGGCUCUGGGUAAAACGGACGACGAGGCGCUGAAACAGUUCCGCCACAAGUUCGACGAAGCCCUGAGAGAGAGCUGGACGACCAAAGUCAACUGGAUGGCCCACAACGUGGCCAAAGACAACCGCUCGUAGAGCAGCUGGGACACAUGGACGGUGUGUGUGGGAGGAGACGGCUGUGCCAAGGGGACAGGGUCACAUCCACUUACAUUUAAAGAAGGGAAUCUAGCGGAAAAUCCCAAAAGGAGCAGAUUCUCCCCUUUAUACUGUACAUAGAGUAAACCUACUCAAACAGUUCAGCUACCCUGCACACUUGCUGUACGCCUCCUCGCCCUGCAUCUGUCUGGCUCAACCUGGGAAUCCAAAAUCAUGGUCUUGAGACAUUUCUGUGGAAUCGUGGUGGGUGACGUUGCGGGUUUUGCACAGCGGCAGGUGGAGCGCACGCCCAAAGGAAGGGAACAGCAUCCUGUGUGCCGUCUGCCUGCUCCACGGGGACGGUCCAUGUUCAGUAUGGACGAAAGCUUGAAAGGGCGCGAUUGGUUUGGCUGUGCCCCAGAACUGCUUCACAGUGGAGCCGGCAUAAGUGGUCAAUAUGGAAAACGUAGACGUGACGAGGUCUCCAUGUCUUAAACAAUGUGCCCACAGGAAGUGCGUCUUAAUGGUCUCGUUCCCGCUGCCUCAACGUGUGCCUGAAAACAGCGGGAAGAUUGUAUGUUUGUUUUUUUUUUGCCAUUUAAGAUUUUAUCAAGAGACUAUGUGCCAGACUACUUUACUAGUCCAUAGAGAAGCUGUACGCGAGGGAACCGAUGUUGCAGUAGAAGGAAAACCCAGAGACGCCAGUGAUCUGUUGAACACUGAAACUGUUUGUUUUUCUUGUUUGUUGUUUUUUUUUUUUAUAAGAAAACUUAAGUAGUCUGUUGGUUUGUUUUAUUGUUUGUUUCACCUUGAAGUGACAAUGUGUAUCAAAUCAAGAGCAUUGUUGGACAAAAUUGUAGUUAUCACUACCCCAUUCCCGCCCCAGGAGAAAUGGCUGAUGCUUUUAACACGUUAGGACCAAAACAAGAAGCAAAUGUUUAGCUAUAGUUUUGGAGGUUUUAAGGCUCGGUUUCUGAGUUGAAUGUGCGUAUGUGCCCUUUAAGUGUAUUAGUUUUUAUACGAGCAGGUGUGGAAGGAGUCGGGGCCUGUGUGGGCAGGGUUUCUCAGUCUGGACAUUACACUGCAAAGCUACAUCCUCGUUUCGACGUAUGGUGCUCCUCCAUCAUCUGCGUGUUUGAUUUGUGUGCAAUAUCCAAGUAUAUGAACAAUAUCUUAUUAUGAAAAGAAAAGAAAAAAAUCUUUGGGCCAAAGCCUGGAAUGGUUGUGUCUUUUUGUGCGCUGCAGCUGUAUUUUGCACCACUAGGCUUCACAUGUCUCUGACACUGGAUAUUGUCAAAUGUACAGGCUUUUAAUGUUUUGCUGGUUUGUUUUCAUAGGAGUUUUAUUAAAGUUAUUUUCCAUCGC